AUGAUCCCAGAAGCCGUCGCUGACCACCGCCUCCGGAUCUGGCAUGCCUACUUUUGUGUAGCCGGGUCGAACAACGACAUCAACAUCCUCAACUCGUCCACCCUAUUCGUCGAUCAGUGCAGGGGCCGCGGUCCGGCCAUUCAGUUUACUGCCAACGGCCGCGCACAUCAUAUGGGGUACUACUUGGCCGAUAACAUAUACCCUAGGUGGCCUGUUUUUUUGAAGACGAUCAGCUGCCCAAUUGGUGAGAGGAGAGUCUUGUUUGCGGCAAAGCAGGAGUCCGCGCGGAAGGAUGUGGAGCGGGCUUUUGGGGUGCUCCAAUCGCGGUGGGCAAUCGUGAAAGGUCCGGCGCGUUUCUGGUACAAGGAAGUCAUCGCCGACGUCAUGUAUGCGUGCAUCAUCAUGCAUAACAUGAUAGUCGAACAAGAACGUGGCCAUGUCACUAAUUGGGUUGAUGAUGAAGCCGGAUCUAGCUCCAGCACGGCGACCUCACCGAUCACUCGAGGAUUACCGACUGGCUUAGGUGCGGUUCUAGAGCGACAAGCCUCAAUGCGCAACCAACAAGACCAUACUUAG